AUGGACACGGCCCGUACCACACGAAGGCCUCCACAUUAUGUAUUCCCGGCAUGUGUUCAGGGGACCAAAAACUUUUACAUUUGGGAGUUUUCUUGGGAGGAUAAGCCCCGGACCCAGAGACUAGCGGUGCCAUCCAACCCCAGCGUGGGACCGACGGUGCGGGUGGGCACGGGCACUCGAGGGCUGCCCCUUACGCCCCGCGCGGAGGUCGGCCCGUUCCACGAGGGCCAGAUGCUCAAUCUCUCCUGUACAGUCACGGGCGGUUACCCCACUCCGACGGUGACCUGGUGGCAGGACAUCAAACUACUUGACAACAGCAGCUACCUGAUCAGUUCCCGCGGGCCCACUCAGGUUGUCAAUGACGUGAGUGUGGGGCCCCUUACGAGGGAACUGGUGAGGGUCCCCUUUACUUGCAGGGCGGAGAAUAACCCUUUAUCGUCGCCCAUGGAUCGAACCAUUCACGUCAAGAUCCACAUGGCGCCGCAGAGUGUGGUCCUUAAGGAAAUAGCAAGCAUUCGGGCUGGUUUCGAGGAGCGUCUCGAGUGCCGGGCAAGAGGGGCCUAUCCGGAGGCAAACAUUACUUGGACACUCAACGGUCAACGUCUCAACUUUACCACGAAAGAGACACGCCAGGUUGGAAGCGACACAGUGUCAUGGGUUCGAUACGUGUCGAAUCCUCGGGAAAACGGUGCCACUCUGGCAUGUACGGCUUCCUCCCCCACGCUGCCGGACCCUCCAGUCACCACGUCGACUGAACUCAACGUCACACACGCUCCGCUCGUUAGACUUAAGCUGGGAUCUUCACUCCUUCCUGACCACAUCCGCCAAGACGCUGAUGUCUACUUCGACUGCCUUGUGGUCUCUAAUCCUCCUGUUCAGCGCAUCGCCUGGUAUAAAGGGGAAGAAGAGGUAGUCCACAACAAGGGCGCAGGAGUGAUAGUUGGUGGGACGAACCUGGUGUUGCAGAGUGUGCAGAGGCCUGACGCCGGCAGGUACACGUGCAGGGCUACGAACUCUGUUGGAACAUCAAGAAGCAACGCCGUCACUCUCAGCAUCCAGUACGGGCCGAUGUGUGCUCAGGGCCGUGUCACCGUUACAGCUGUAGAAGGCGAGGUCGUGACUCUCCGAUGUGAGGUCGACGCUUACCCUGCAAACGUCACGUUCCACUGGGGUUUCCCAUGA